AAGCAAUCUGUUGCCAGGAUCCUGUAGUGAGAAGGAAGGGAGGUGCUAGAAGAAAUGCAGAACGAGAAGUCUGGAGUGUCAGCUGCAAAAGGUGUGGGACUCACUGGUGCCUCCGAGCCUCGGGAAUACCAUCGGCUCUUCUCUGCAGGUCCGUUUGCUGGGCUGAGGGUUGCAUGGUAGCUGCGCUCUUUCUCCAGCACGCUGGCUUAGGAGGAGAAAGAAGCUAUCAUGUCCCAAGGAGCAGCAGCAGCACGUGAAGCUGCCAAGCCCCAGGACCGAGGAUGGGCAUGGAUGGUCCUGCUCGCUGCAGUGCUGCUGCAGGGGCUGACGCUGGGCUUCCCCUCCUGCAUCGGCAUCUUCUUCACAGACCUCCAGCAUGAGUUCCAGGCCAGCAAUAGCGAGACGUCGUGGUUCCCGUCCAUCAUGGUGGCCGUGCUGCACGGAGGCGGGCCCCUCUGCAGCAUCUUGGUGAAGCGAUUUGGCUGCAGGUUUGCUGUGAUGCUGGGAGGCCUGCUCAGCGGCGUGGGCAUGGUGUCCAGCUCCUUCUGCAAGUCCAUCAGCCAGCUUUACUUAACAGCUGGCCUCAUCACCGGUCUGGGAUCAUGUUUCAGCUUCCAGGCAGGAGUGACCGUGCUGGGCUACUACUUUGUAAGGUGGCGAACGCUGGCCAAUGCCAUGGCAUCCACGGGCGUCUCUCUCGGUUUCACGCUGUGGCCGCUGCUUUCUCAACACUUGCUGGAUGAGAUGGGCUGGAGAAACACUUUUCUUAUCUUUGGAGGAAUACUAUUGAACUGUUGUGUCUGUGGAGCCAUCAUGAGACCGGUUCAGCUGGCAUCGGGGUCACUACUACAGUCUCCCAAGCCUGGAGAGGAGCCAGGGAGAAGAGCAGAAGAGGCACAGCUGUCCAACGGAGCAUCUCCUCCCCACCCCGAGCUCCAGCAGCAAACCAGAAGGACUGCGUGCUUCCAGAUACUGCAGAAGUACCUGGCUUUUGACAUCUUCUGUCAAAACAAAGGUUACCAGAUUUACACUAUUGGAGUGACCUGGAUGAUGAUGGGGUUUGCAUUACCCCACGUCUACCUUGUGCCUUACGCCAUCCAGAACGGGGUGGAGGAACGUAGGGCAGCCCUCCUCAUCUCUGUUAUUGGGUUCAUCAACAUCUUCAUACGCCCUUUUACAGGGCUGCUCUCAGGACACAGAGUCUUCACAGGGAGACGCAUCUACCUGUUCAGCCUGGCCGUGCUCCUCUGCGGGCUGAGCAAUUUCAUUUGCGUCAUUUCAGCCGAGUUCAACGUGCUCAUCAUCUACUGCGUCAUCCUCAGUAUAGCCAUGAGUGGCAUCGGGGCACUCACCUUCCAGGUGCUGAUGGAUGUGGUGGAGAUGGACAGGUUCUCAAGUGCUCUGGGGCUCUUCACCAUCCUGGAGAGUAUCACUCUCCUCAUCGGACCCCCUCUCACAGGUCUCCUGGUGGACCUAACUAGUGAUUUCCACUAUGUCUUCUACAACUCCAGUUUCUUCCUGAUAUCAGCUGCAUUAUUCAUGGGGCUCAGCUUCUGCACUCUGGAAAAAAAAAACAAAUUGAAAGAGGCUUCAAAAGUACCUCUGGAGAAUCCCACCAGAUAUCAAUACAAUGAAACACCAACUGAACCACAGCCUGAGAGUCAAUCCCCCCCAGCAGUCGUGUACAUCACAAGCAUAUGAAGAGAAAGAAAAGAAAAGAAGAAAAAAAAAAAAAGAGGAACACAAACAAUUAUGUGGCCUGUACAAAGCUACACAAGGGCCAGCACUGAUGGCAGAUGAGAAAACAAGCGUCUGCUUUCCACAACUGUCGUCAUCCUUCUGCCCUGCACUUCCACGCCGUGGGGCUGUGACAGACUCCACGUGAGCGAUCCAGACCACUGAGCCCAGAACCCAGCGCCAGCCAGAGCGCCAAAGGACAAAGAGCACUGCGCUUUCCUAAAGCAAACCGUGGGAUAACAGCCAUGGUAACCGGCGCCGAGACACAAAAGCUGUGUCAGUUCAAUUGGUUUAAGUCAGUGCCUUUAAGGAGUCACUGGAAUUUCACAUACGAUUUCAAUUGGUAGCACUGGACAAUACGUAUUGAUGGCUGCGCACAAUGGUAGUUCUUGCACAAAGAAGUAUUGUUGCCUCGUCUGAACGUGCAAUUUUGGUGCAGAUUUAUAUGAAGUUUCCUGGUUGCUUCCCAUGUUGGGGGUGGCAAGACAAACACUUCCAAAGGAAGUGUGUUGUUAUUUUCCACAUCUCUAAAUACUAUAUGGAAGCUGCUGCAUGGGUUACAGAACUCGGCCAAGUCUCUAUUAAGAUAGAAAAUUUUCUCCUAUCAGGUAUAUAGAUGAGUUCUUCAUGCCAAGGACAUUUUCAAAGCCUCAAAGGUUCAACUCCAGAGCAUCAAAAAGAAAAAAAAAACCAAACCUUAGAGUGCCUGCUUUGUAUAACUAGUGAUAUCUCAAGUGCUUCUUGAUAUAUCAUCAAACAGGACUCAUGGCUUGUGUAAAUACACUUCUUUCCAGCGUUAAGUGGGACCUAUUGGGGGGUGGGCAGAAAGAGGUGUUACUAGACCUGAGAAUAAGUGUAUGCAUCCCUAUACAGGGCAAAAUUCAAAGCCACUGUAGUUCCCCCUUGUGUAAAUUAAUUUAGCUCUUUAGUCUUUGACUCUCAGACUUAAUUACACCGCAUUCUCAUUAUAGAGAAGUUUGCACAAGCAUAACUUAAAUUUCUUAUAAGCACAAGCAUGACUUGCAGAGAAAUCUGUGGGGAAAAGUGUACUGAGAAGAGUCAGUGUUACUGACUUUCCCAUCCAUACAGCCUUGACUGUCAGUGGCCUUUCUUGCUGCACUCCUGGCACUUUUACGUACUUAGAUUAGCGCUGCACCAACCUCCAGCCUCCCUCAGCAUCAGGGAAACUGUUUAUAUUCCGUAUCAUUCCUGAUCUGACAGAAGCCAAUAGCUCACAAAGCACCACAGAUGAAGAUUACUCAACACAUUAGAACUGUCGGAAAGACAGAAGUAUAAAAUGGGAGUGAAAUGGAAGUGUAAACAGCUUUCAACUCAACUGCAGAGCUUAUCUUGAGAACUGUAAUAUCAAAUUUCUAGCAACAAACCCACAGGUUUCAUUACAGCUGCGGGCUGCCCAGACCAACCAACCAGAAAAAACCCACACUGGAUGAAACCACUGGAAAACUGACUCCAAGAUCUUCCAAGACUAAUGGCUUCACGGCUGGCUUUUAUAGUUGAAGAUCAGCCCUACAGAACAGUUCGUGCUCCCACCACUCAAUAGUAUCCAUAUUUCAGUACUGCUCUAGGAUCACUGAAUAUUUUGCAUUUCCUGAUCAAACAUAUACUUAAAUAAGACGACUAGUGGGAGACAUACAUAUCUAAUCUCUCAUCACACGUUUAUUAACUUGCAUAAUGCUUACAUGGUCCAUAACUACGAAGUAAACAGGGACUGGUGCUCCUCAGCUUACCAAAACAAUGACUACUCUAGGUUCCUAGGAAAAAGAUGGGGCUCUCCCCCUCUCAAAAAAAAACCCAAACAAAAAAACCAACAAAACAAAACAAAACAAACAAUGAAAAGGGAUCAAGUCCCAAACCUCUUCUAGCUAUUGCAAAUAAAACAGCUAUGCAGCUGAACAGAUUGCCAUUU